UCAGCGGGGUCCGGGGGCUGGGGGCAGCGAGCAGGGCGGCCCCAUGGCCGGGCCCCCCUGAGGCAGUCCGGGGGAGUCCCCUCCCCUCCCCAGCUCGGGGGUCUCGGGGCCCCAUGAGCCGGGGCGCGGGCGCUCUUCAGCGCCGGACAACGACCUACCUCAUCUCGCUGACCCUGGUCAAGCUCGAGUCGGUGCCUCCGCCGCCGCCUUCUCCGUCUGCGGCCGCAGCCGGCGCCCCCGGGACCAGAGGUGCCGAGACCGGGGAUCCUGGCAGCCCCCGAGGCGCGGAGGAGCCGGGCAAGAAGCGGCACGAGCGUCUCUUCCACCGGCAGGAUGCGCUGUGGAUCAGCACGAGCAGCGCGGGCGCCGGGGGCGCCGAGCCCCCCGCCCUGUCCCCGGCUCCGGCCAGUCCGGCCCGCCCCGUCUCCCCCGCUCCCGGCCGCCGCCUCUCCCUUUGGGCCGCCCCUCCGGGGCCCCCGCUCUCCGGGGGGCUGAGCCCUGACCCCAAGCCCGGGGGCGCCCCCACCUCCCGGCGCCCCUUGCUCAGCAGCCCGAGCUGGGGGGGGCCGGAACCUGAAGGCCGGGCUGGCGGCGGCGUCCCAGGCUCGUCCUCCCCGCACCCGGGCACCGGCAGUCGGAGGCUCAAGGUGGCGCCUCCUCCGCCGGCUCCCAAGCCUUGCAAGACCGUGACCACGAGUGGCGCCAAAGCCGGCGGGGGCAAGGGCGCGGGUAGCCGCCUGUCAUGGCCCGAAAGCGAAGGCAAGCCCAGGGUCAAGGGGUCAAAGAGCAGCGCGGGGACUGGAGCUUCUGCCGCCGCCGCUACCACCGCCGCCGCGGCCACCGCCGCCGCCGGGGGAGGGGGAGCGGCAGCCACGACCUCUGGUGGGGUCGGGGCUGGGUCCGGAGCCCGAGGGAAGCUGUCCCCUCGGAAAGGCAAGAGUAAGACCUUGGACAACAGUGACUUGCACCCGGGACCGCCUGCUGGUUCUCCUCCUCCUCUAACCCUCCCAGCAACCCCGGCUCCAGCCGCUGCUGUCACCGCCGCCUCCGCGCAGCCCACUGGGCCUGCACCUCCAAUCACUCUAGAGCCUCCAGCUCCAGGGCUGAAACGGGGCCGGGAGGGGGGCCGAGCAUCCACUCGAGAUCGCAAGAUGCUCAAGUUUAUCAGCGGCAUCUUCACCAAGAGCACAGGGGGGCCUCCUGGCUCCGGGCCCCCUCCCGGACCCCCGGGCCUGUCUUCUGGCAGCGGGUCCAGGGAGCUGCUGGGCGCAGAGCUCCGCGCCUCCCCUAAAGCUGUGGUCAAUAGCCAGGAAUGGACUUUGAGCCGCUCUAUUCCUGAACUGCGCCUGGGCGUGCUGGGCGACGCCAGGAGCGGGAAGUCAUCGCUCAUCCACCGAUUCUUGACUGGCUCAUACCAGGUGCUGGAGAAGACAGAAAGUGAACAACACAAGAAAGAGAUGUUGGUGGAUGGACAGACUCAUCUGGUGUUGAUCCGAGAGGAAGCCGGGGCACCUGAUGCCAAGUUCUCAGGCUGGGCAGAUGCUGUCAUUUUGGUCUUCAGCCUGGAGGAUGAAAACAGCUUCCAGGCCGUGAGCCGUCUCCAUGGGCAGCUGAGCUCCCUUCGGGGGGAAGGACGAGGAGGCCUGGCACUGGCACUGGUGGGGACACAAGACAGGAUUAGUGCUUCCUCCCCUCGAGUGGUGGGCGAUGCCCGGGCCAGGGCUCUGUGCGCGGACAUGAAACGCUGCAGCUACUACGAGACGUGCGCCACCUACGGGCUCAAUGUGGACCGGGUCUUCCAGGAGGUGGCCCAGAAGGUGGUGACCUUACGAAAACAGCAACAGCUUCUGGCUGCCUGUAAGUCCCUGCCCAGCUCCCCAAGCCACUCAGCUGCUUCCACUCCUGUAGCUGGACAGGCUAGCAAUGGGGGCCACACUAGCGACUACUCUUCCUCCCUCCCAUCCUCACCCAAUGUUGGUCACCGGGAGCUCCGAGCUGAGGCAGCUGCAGUGGCCGGAUUGAGCACUCCAGGGUCCCUGCACCGGGCAGCCAAGCGCAGGACCAGCCUUUUUGCGAAUCGUCGGGGCAGUGACUCUGAGAAGCGCAGUUUGGACAGUCGGGGAGAGACAACAGGGAGUGGGCGAGCCAUCCCCAUCAAACAGAGCUUCCUACUGAAGCGAAGUGGCAACUCCUUGAACAAAGAAUGGAAGAAGAAAUACGUGACCCUGUCCAGUAACGGCUUCCUACUCUACCACCCCAGCAUUAAUGAUUACAUCCACAGUACCCAUGGCAAGGAGAUGGACUUGCUACGAACGACAGUCAAAGUCCCUGGUAAAAGGCCCCCAAGAGCCAUCUCUGCUUUUGGCCCCUCAGCCAGCAUCAACGGGUUGGUCAAGGACAUGAGCACUGUGCAGAUGGGUGAAGGUCCUGAAGCCACCACUCCCACCCCAAGCCCCAGCCCCAGCCCCAGUUCCUUGCAGCCACCACCAGACCAGACAUCCAAGCACCUGCUGAAGCCAGACCGGAAUUUGGCCCGAGCCCUCAGCACUGACUGUACCCCAUCUGGAGACCUGAGCCCCCUGAGUCGGGAACCCCCUCCUUCUCCCAUGGUGAAGAAGCAGAGGAGGAAAAAGUUGACAACACCGUCCAAGACCGAAGGCUCAGCUGGGCAGGCUGAAGAGGAAAACUUCGAAUUCCUGAUCGUGUCCAGCACUGGUCAGACGUGGCACUUUGAGGCAGCCAGUUUUGAGGAGCGGGAUGCCUGGGUCCAGGCCAUCGAAAGUCAGAUCCUAGCCAGUCUGCAAUGCUGUGAGAGCAGCAAGGUCAAGCUACGCACAGACAGCCAAAGUGAAGCGGUGGCCAUCCAGGCGAUCCGGAACGCCAAGGGCAACUCUACCUGCGUGGACUGCGGGGCCCCCAACCCCACGUGGGCCAGUUUGAACCUGGGCGCACUCAUCUGCAUCGAGUGUUCUGGCAUUCACCGGAACCUGGGCACACACCUGUCCCGAGUUCGUUCUCUGGACUUGGACGAUUGGCCUCGGGAGCUGACCCUGGUGCUGACGGCCAUUGGCAAUGACAUGGCCAACCGCGUGUGGGAGAGCGACACGCGGGGCCGCACCAAACCCACGCGGGACUCUUCGCGAGAGGAGCGGGAGUCAUGGAUUCGCGCCAAGUACGAGCAGCUGCUAUUCCUGGCGCCGCUGGGCACUCCAGAGGAGCCUCUGGGCCGCCAGCUGUGGGCCGCGGUGCAGGCCCAGGACGUGGCCACCGUUCUCCUGCUUCUGGCCCAUGCGCGACACGGGCCCCUCGACACCAGCGUAGAGGACCCGCAGCUCCGCUCCCCUCUUCACCUGGCAGCCGAGCUCGCCCACGUGGUCAUCACGCAACUGCUGUUGUGGUACGGCGCCGACGUGGCCGCCCGCGAUGCACAGGGCCACACGGCGCUGUUCUACGCCCGCCAGGCUGGAAGCCAGCUGUGCGCCGACAUCCUUCUCCAGCACGGCUGCCCGGGUGAGGGCGGCAGCACAGCCACCACCCCCAGCGCAGCCACCACCCCCAGCAUCACCGCCACGCCCAGCCCCCGCCGCAGGAGCAGCGCCGCCAGCAUGGGCCGUGCCGACGCCCCCGUCGCGCUGGUAUAGUUGCCCAGCGGGAGAGACACCCCCACUCCCACGCGGGCCGGGCACGACCACACCGGGUGGACCGCUGGACAGAUGCACCCACUCACCUCUCUAAACCGCACCCCGCCCCACGGGAGCACUUCUUUCCCCCACGAGGGCACAGCCCCCACGCCUCCCAGAAGACACAAACUCACCUCCCUCUCCCCAAAAAGGCAUGGAGACCCCAGCUCAACACGCCCCCUUUCCACCGUUUCCACACUUGGAUUGCGCUGGGUCUACCCACUGGGUGUCUGCGGAAGCAGACGCCCUGUCGCGGUACCUGCUGCAGGGAGCUUGGCUAUGCCCGCUCGCGCCCCCUAGGGGUGGAGGGGGGAAGACCCAGUCCUGCUUGUGCUCGACAAUCCCAAGGCUGGAGCACAAACCCAGGCUGGCUCCUGGGGCGACGCCACGCCAGGGGGAGGGGUUAGUACGCGGGAGGGCUAGCCCCGGGACUUGGGGCCAAUACCCGGGCCCCCACCUCUUCCAUGCUAAUCUCACUGCCCAGUGAAGGGGGAAGGGCAGCGAGGGGCAGGACCCCUGCUGCCCAAGGGGGUAGGGGGGUCCCCAACCCUUUCCGUGAAAGGGACCAUGAGGAGUGGAAAUCAGGACGUCCCCCCACACCCACCCAUGGAUGGAAGCUAAAGGGCCGGGGGAGCCAAGAGCUUGGGUCCCUCCUCACUACUAUCUUGGGAGGGAGAAGAGAAGGAGCAGAGCGGGCUAAGGGGACUGGGGAGGGACCUUGUAAUUUAUUGCUUUGUUCCCCAACAAGGG